CGCCUAUCCUAUCCUCCUGUCCAACGUAAGAAAGAAGCUGUAGAAGUACAGAGAACAGAGAACACCUACGGGAGCCCACUACAACCACCCGUGCCUCUCUCCACAACACGCGAGCACCGUAGAACUGUAGGUUCCCCCCGGGUCCGCCCUAAUCCGCCCAAUGCCAACUGCCACCGCGCUCUCCGCCCGCUGUCUCCUCCCCCUCUCCGCCUCUGACUUCCCUCCCGAGUCCCGUCGUCUUUUCGCCCUUCUGCGGAAUCCUUCUCCGGCGGCCGGAUUUCACCGAGGUCCCCCGAGCAGAGCGCAGCACAGAGCAAGAUGGAGCAGUCAUACGGACAAGGACAUAUCCUUCCGGUGGGACGUUGGUGCUGGUCCUGUGCUGGUUUACUGGUUCCAAUGUAGAAGAAGGUCAGAAGUUAGAACAAGAAAGCUUCAAGCACAAUGCAGCUGAUGCAUUGUUCUGUCGGCAGUUUUUCUCUCCCCCCUUACGGCCCCGGCCAUGUUGUAAUUGCGAUAUUCUAUCCCUUCUUCUUGUCUUCUCCCCAAUCUGCCUCUCCUAUCUUUCCUGUCUUCUCCACAAAGUCUCUCCCGUCCUCCCCCCCCCUCAGCCAGAAAAUUGGCCAAU